AUGAAGCUCUGGAUUUUUAUGUUAUGUUCAGUUGUGGUUGCCUCGGAUUUACUACAAUCUCAGACUUCUUUGUCUUCAGCGAGAGGAUCUUGUGAAAAUCUGUGUUCUUGUGAAGAAAAGGAUGAUAUCUUGAUUAUAAACUGUGAAGAAAGAGGUAUCAAAAUGUUAUCACAAAUAAAUGUCCCACCAUCACAGCCUUUCCAUCUUAACCUGCUGAACAAUGGCUUGACCACGUUACAUAUGAAUGAUUUUGCUGGCCUCAUCAAUGCUAUCUCACUACAUGUUGGAUUUAAUAAUAUUGCAGAUAUUGAACCUGGAGCUUUUAAUGGUCUCAGUCUUCUUAAGCAACUUCAUAUCAAUCACAAUUCAUUAGAAAUACUUAAAGAGGAUACUUUUCAGGGACUUGAAAAUCUGGAGUUUCUUCAAGCAGACAACAAUUUCAUCACCGUGAUUGAAGCAAGUGCCUUUAGCAAACUCAACAGACUUAAAGUGCUUAUUUUAAAUGACAAUGCCAUUGAGUUUCUCCCUCCUAACAUAUUUCGCUUUGUGCCGUUGACCCACUUAGAUCUUCGUGGAAACCAGUUACAGACACUGCCAUAUGUUGGCUUUUUAGAGCAUAUUGGUCGAAUACUGGACCUUCAGCUGGAAGACAACAAAUGGGCCUGUAAUUGUGACUUACUGCAGCUGAAGAUAUGGCUGGAAAACAUGCCUCCCCAGUCUAUAAUAGGUGAUGUUGUGUGCAACAGCCCUCCAGUUAUCAAAGGCAGCAUCCUAAGAAGAUUAAAAAAAGAAUUGCUCUGUCCCACUCACCCUAUAAAUGAACUUGAAGAUCCUUCAGGGUCCUUGCCCUUGGUAGUAACCACCUCUAUAAGUGAUAGCCACCUACCAGCCAAGGUGAUCCCUGUCCUGAAAGCUCCUACCAAGGAACCAGGUUUAGUGCUUCAUGCCACAAAGCCAGCUACUCAGCUUCCAGGAAUAUACUGUCCUGUACCCUGUCACUGCACCAGCCAUAUCCUGUCAGGAGUUCUAAUUCACUGCCAGGAUCGAAAUAUCGAAAGCUUGUCUGAUUUAGGUCCCCCUCCUCCAAACCCUAGAAAGCUUAUUCUAGCUGGAAACAUUAUUCAAACAUUGCUGAAAUCAGAUCUGGUGGACUAUGCUAGCCUGGAAAUGCUUCACUUGGGAAACAAUCGUAUUGAAAUCCUUGAAGAAGGAUCAUUUAUGAAUCUAAUGAGAUUGCAGAAGCUAUAUCUAAAUGGCAAUCAUCUUACGAAGUUAAGUCAGAGUCUCUUCCUUGGUCUUCAGCACCUUGAGUAUUUGUAUCUUGAAUACAAUGCCAUCAAGGAAGUUUUGCCAGGGACAUUUAACAUGAUGCCAAAACUUAAGGUGUUAUAUUUAAACAACAACCUUCUUCAAACUUUACCACCCCAUGUUUUCUCAGGGGUGCCACUAGCCAGGCUAAACCUUAAAACAAACCAGUUUACCCAUUUGCCUGUGAGCACUGUCUUGGAUGAACUGGAUUUGUUGGUACAAAUUGAACUUGAGGACAACCCUUGGGACUGUACUUGUGAUUCAGUUGGGCUGCAACAGUGGAUACAAAAGUUGAAUAAGAACAUCAUGAUGGGUGACAUUUUCUGUAAAUCCCCAGGGCACCUAGCAAAAAAAGAAUUGAAAUCUCUGAACAGUGAAGUCUUAUGCCCAGGACUAAUAAAUAGCCCAGCCCUGCCAACCCAUGCUAGCUUUAUAGUUGUGACAACUUCUUCUACAACCACCAAUACUGCGGACACUAUUCUUCGAUCACUUACAGAUGCUGUCCCACUUUCUGUUUUAAUCCUAGGGCUCCUAAUUGUGUUUAUUACGAUUGUAUUUUGUGCAGCAGGAAUAGUUGUCCUUGUUCUGCAUCGGCGGAGACGACACAAAAAGAAACAGGCAGAUGAACACAUGAGGGACAGUAGCCCAGUUCAUCUCCAGUACAGCAUGUAUGGUCACAAAACAACACACCACACAACUGAGCGUCCAGCACCAACUCUCUAUGAGCAACGCAUGAUCAGUCCCAUGGUUCAAGUUUAUCGAAGUCCAUCCUUCAGCCCCAAACAGACAGAACAACAGGAGGAGGGAAAUGAAAAGGAUAUGAAUGACUCCAGACAUGUCCGCAGAAAUCUUCUGGAAAGAGAGAACAAUUCUCCUCUCACAGGUUCAAAUGUCAAAUACAAAUGUACAGACCAAUCAUCUGAAUUUCUGACCUUUCAGGAUGCCAGCUCCUUAUACAGAAACAUUCUUGAGAAAGAAAGAGAACUCCAGCAGCUAGGGAUCACUGAGUAUCUAAGGAAAAAUAUUGUCCAGCUCCAGCCUGACAUGGAAGUACAUUAUCCUGGAACACAUGAGGAGCUAAAGUUAAUGGAGACAUUAAUGUACUCCAGACCAAGAAAGGUUUUGCUUGAGCAGACUAAAAAUGAGUAUUUUGAGCUCAAAGCUAACUUACAUGCUGAGCCUGACUACCUGGAAGUCCUGGAACAGCAAACAUAA